GUUGAAUUUUCCUAUCCUCCCCUAAAGCCUGGAGAAGGACAUGACAGCCACAGUUUACCAGAGGAAUGGAAAUAUUUGCCAUUUCUUGCCUUACCAGAUGGAGCUCACAACUACCAGGAAGAUACUGUGUUUUUCCAUUUGCCACCAAGAAGUGGGGAUCAAACCACAGUAUAUGGUGUCUCCUGCUACAGGCAGAUUGAAGCAAAGGCACUGAAAGUACGGCAAGCAGACAUCACCCGAGAAACGGUGCAGAAAAGUGUCUGUGUUCUCAGUCAGCUGCCUUUGUAUGGGUUACUCCAGGCAAAGCUGCAACUCAUUACACACGCCUAUUUUGAAGAAAAAGACUUCUCACAAAUUUCAAUUCUCAAGGAACUUUAUGACCAUAUGAACAGUUCCUUGGGCAGUACUUUGCUAGAAGGGUCCCAAGUUUAUCUUGGUCUGUCUCCUCGGGAUCUUGUUCUUCACUUCAGACACAAGGUCCUGAUCCUUUUUAAACUGAUUCUUCUAGAGAAAAAGGUGCUGUUUUAUAUUUCUCCAGUAAAUAGACUGGUGGGAGCUCUGAUGACUGUCCUGUCACUCUUUCCAGGUAUGAUUGAACAUGGUCUUACUGACUGCUCACAGUAUAGACCAAGAAAGAGUGUAUCAGAGGAUGCUGGCUCACAGGAAAGUACACCACGGCUGGAUGAGGCUGUGUCUGCUGGUGAUUCUUCAGAUAGACACUUGGAAAUGGGAAAGGGAGGCAGGAAGAUGGCAGGAAGCCAGUCACUGGAAGGUCAAAAAGCACACGUGCCUUUCUCUCAGUCAGAGAAGACUUGCAAUGGAGCUCAGCCUGCCAAUGGUGCCGUGCAGGGCUUGAAAGUUCCUUCCCACACUUCUCCAGUGCCCUCUGAAAGUGACUGGGAGACCUUAGAUCCUAGCAUUUUGGAGGAGACUAAUUUGAAAGAAGGAGAAGGUGAAAAUGCCACACCAGAACAGGCUGAAAAUGUGAGCAAAGGCAAGAGCUCAGAAAGCCUUCCCAUCACUGUGCAGCCCCAAGCCAAGACAGGACACACGGUGCUGGUUCCAGGACUGAUCUCUGGCCUGGAGGAGGACCAGUAUGGGAUGCCAUUGGCCAUUUUUACAAAGGGGUACCUUUGUUUGCCAUACAUGGCGCUGCAGCAGCAUCACCUCCUGUCAGAUGUGACAGUCCGGGGCUUUGUCGCGGGAGCCACCAACAUCCUGUUCCGUCAGCAGAAGCACCUCAGUGAUGCCAUUGUGGAAAUAGAAGAUGCCCAAGUGCAGAUCCACGAUCCAGAGCUCCGCAAGAUCCUGAACCCAACAACUGCUGACCUGAGAUUUGCAGAUUACCUGGUGAAGCACGUCACUGAGAACAGAGAUGAUGUUUUCCUUGAUGGCACUGGAUGGGAAGGAGGAGAUGAGUGGAUCAGGGCUCAGUUCAGCGCUUACCUCCAUGCACUACUUGCUGCUGUGCUGCAACCAGAUAACGAAAAGAUUUUGUCAGACUUUGGAACAGCAUUUGUAGCAGCCUGGAAAAACACCCACAACUACAGAGUAUGGAAUAGCAACAAGCAUCCAGCUCUUGCAGAGGUAAAUUCUAGCCACCCAUUCCAGGGACAGUACUCUGUAUCAGAUGUGAAGUUAAGAUUGUCACACUCUGUGCAGAACAGUGAACGUGGGAAGAAGAUUGGAAACGUGAUGGUUUCUACCAGCCGAAACGUUGUGCAGACAGGGAAAGCUGUAGGUCAGUCAGUUGGAGGAGCUUUCACAAGCGCGAAAUCAGCGAUGUCAUCCUGGUUUUCCACUUUUACACAGUCAACCCAAAGCCUCGGGGAUUAAGUGGAGGCUUUGCACAGUGCUGCUGGACAUUUCAGGUGCAAUGCUUCCUCUGAGCUGUAAGAGGACCGCUCCAAAACCUAAGAGUGGAGAUUAACUACCCAGGACCAAAACAAAGGGGUGUGUUGCUUGCAAGCAGAUGUGGUAGAAGCAUAGAAGAAUGGUGAGUGUCUCCAUACGAUGGGAAGGCAUUUGCAGUAUACUGGUUGUAUUUAAAAUGACUACUUUUCUUGAAAACUGAGCCUUUAUAAAGCUGUUAGCAAACUGGGCUUGUUGCAAGCCAAAUGUGUUUGACUUUAGAUUUGUACAUUUUCUUGGAUGUUGAAACUA